CCCGCAGAUUUUCACCCCACUUGGCACUUGGCCGUGGACACUUGACGGCGUCACGGACUCGCAGCUGACACAAAUUCGAAGGCAGCGGCAAACAGUGAUGGGGGUCGUCUAGUACAAUGAGAGCGUUAGGAGCAAUUGUUCACAGAGUCAGCAAUGGCGUCUCCUCCAAGUCCCCAAACUCCUUGGUUCUUCACUGUACAUGGAAUGUUCUGCUGAGCAGAAAGUUAUCGUAUUCAUCUGCAAUUUCAUCAUUGCCGCCAUGGGUUUCGACCCACAUGCACGGCGGCGCUGCAGCGAGAAGAACCAUAUGGACCGUCGCUCCUCUUUGUAUGGGCAGGCGUUCCAGCAAAAUCGCCGGCCGAAAGGGGGCUCAAGAUGCAAAGAAGGCAAAGCUAUAUAGCAGGAUAGGGAAGGAAGUUGUGUCUGCUGUAAAGAAAGGCGGUCCAAGUCCUAUAUCAAAUAUGGCCCUGGCAACUGUUUUGGAGAAAGCCAAGGAGCUUGAUGUACCCAAGGAAAUUGUCGAGCGCAACAUUAAGAAAGCAUCUGAGAAAGGACAAGAAGCUUACAUUGAGAAAGUAUACGAGGUAUAUGGUUUUGGUGGAGCUUGUAUGGUAGUCGAGGUCUUGACUGAUAAAAUAAACCGGUCUGUGGCAGCGGUUAGAGAGGUGGUGAAGGACUGUGGGGCGAAGAUGGCUGACUCAGGAUCUGUUUUGUUCAAAUUCAGGCGUGCUCGGGUUGUAAACAUAAAAGCUUCAGAUGUUGAUAAGGAUCAGCUCCUUUCCAUUGCUUUAGAUGCUGGUGCUGAGGAUGUUAUAGAACCGCCAGUAUAUGAAGAUGAUACCGAAGAUAGUUCAGAAAGUUAUUUCAAAAUCGUAAGCUCAUCAGAGAACUACACAACAGUACUUUCAAAGCUACGUGAGGAAGGAGUAAGUUUUGAGACGGAUAAUGGUUCUGAGCUGCUUCCAAUAAGCGCUAUUGAGGUAGAUGACGAGGCUAUGGAUUUGAACAAGGAACUUAUGUCCCAAUUGCUUGAACUUGAUGAUGUUGAUGCUGUGUAUACGGACCAGAAGUGAUCAAAAUCUCUAUCUUUAGUCAUCAUCUCAGCAAUCGAAUUGAGCUCUUGGCCUUACAAUAUUCUUCGAUCUGGUUUGUCUUUGGUAUCUAACUCAAUUGAAGUAUAUCUGUCGAGAUCACUUAAGGAGGAGUGAUGGGUGCGGGGUCGUUACCUUACCUUUCUGUUCUCUAGGAAGAAAAUUUUGUUGUACUGUAUUUUCAUACUUGGGAAGUUUGAGGAAGAAGAGCAUAUAUUGAAAUGUGCUUGUUAUCGGAGAACAAAUAAAAGAAAUCCUUGAAUAACAAUAGUAAUGUUGGGAAAUGAUUUCCGUUCUUCAUUUUG